AUGUGGUAUUUAUUUCUUAUUCUCGUCAUUUCCUCGACACUGGGGAUUCCUGUCAAUAACGAUGAUACUGGAAAAAGAGGUAAAAGUAGACUGUUGACACACAUUCUUUUUCUUUUUAUUUUUAAUGAAACUUUCAAAGCCUUGAUCGUACCAAGGCUUUUUGAAAAUUUUCGGAGUAAAAAUGCUUUUAAAAGGGGGACUGAUUAGUCGAGCCUGUCACCUUCGAUAAUCCAGCACGCUUGAACUUACUUAAGGGUAAAGCCCCCUCCAGCAUAUAUACACUAUAGCUCUUGGUUUCAAGACGUUUUGAAUAUCUUAGCUUUCAUCACAACGAGAACGCGACAGGCGAAGUAAAAUCACUUUUACUAAGGCUGAUGUAUGUGUCAAUGAAGGGAGAUUUUGGAAAAUGACUUUAAACCAAGCUUUGGGUUGAAUAGCAUCGCUGCUUUGCAGUAUGAUUUUGGGUGAAUAAAGGUCGUCAGGCCCUGAAAGGUUAACUUUUCCUCGGUCCUGAUUGUGCAAGUCUAAGCAGUUUGGUCGAACAGGUGAAGCAAAAGCCCGCCGUUCAGCGUUUUCUUACUGGUAAGUAACAGUCUCGACCAUUUGAUUUAUCAGUGAUCGAAAGUCAUGUUCCAUGCCUUAGUAGGUCUAGUUAGAAUUAGUUAAAAGUUUCCUCGGCGCAUUAAAUAGUAGUUUUUCUAAUCAUGAACGAUCUUUCAUGAUAAAGACCAUUCCAAGUGACACUAAAACGGUACUGAUAUAUGCACUACGUUACGUGCCCGGGAAAUUGUACAAUCUGCUUGGCUGUUCUUUGAUUGGUUACAGGGUAUCGAAAAUUUGAAGGUGAUAUGAUGUUAACAGAAGCCCAGAUUCGAGCAGCGGAGAAUGGAUUAGACCCAACAGAUCUGGCGGGAGCUAGAGGAUUGACACGUUUAGGAAUGUGGCCCGGUGGAACUUGCCCUUACACCAUUCAUUCAAGCGCAAGUAUGAAAUUAGCGUAGAAAAGUGCAAUAUAUUUGGCACUUUUCCAAGAGAGGGAAGGGGCGCUGAAGUGUAUUGUUCAUACCUAAUUGUUUUGAGUAAAUAACCUACUCUGGGCCGGAAAAACCUAGGGGAACUCUUUUUAAAGUCUUAGGGGUCCUCUUUCAGGCUUCAGGUAUAUCAAAGGGUAUGGGGAAAUCUGUUAUUUUUGUAUUUAAAAGUUACUAAAAUACGCACCAUAUUCGCCCCUGUUUUAGGAGCUUAGAAAGCAUCAUUUUUCAAGGGUAGGUUAACCAAAAAGGUACCUUUUCUGUCACAAAAUGCAUGUUUCUAAAAGAGUAAGGGGUUGGAUCUCUGGCUGGAGCCUCCUCGUAUAACGCUUUGACGAGUAUACCCGCGGGGUAAAAACUUUGGAAAAUUAUGUUCUCGUCACGAAUCAGACAUGGUCGAUAAAUGAUCCUUAAGCUUUCUGACCUUUUGUAAUUGGCUUGACUUUGUACUUGGUAUUUUUCUCUUUUGGUACUGUAUCGUCAAACGACACCCCUGUUAUCACAAUACUUUCAAGAUAAGGUAUCCAAAGACCACCUCCUCAGUAUAAUUUCGACACAAUAAAACCAUCAAACCUGAAAGGUUUUUUCUGUUAUAAGAGGCCACCGUGGGCACUUAGUCUUUCACUCCAUUUAAUAACUUGAAACUGAAACUGAAAUUAUAUAUUCUAAGGAGGGAUGCAUGUUAGUCAUCAAUACAUUAAACGAGACUGAUUUCUUUACCAUGUGAAAUUGCUUUUUGCAGAAAACAAGUUUUUGAAUGCACUUGGAAUUAAGGGGCCGACCGAAAGAGCAAUAUAUAGUGCCAUGAAAGAGUGGGAGGAAAAAAACCUGCAUCAGAUUUGUGCCCAGGACUACUCAAAAAAAUUACGUGGAGUUUUUCUCGGGUGA